AUGGCGGACGUUACACAGCAAGAACUGCAGGACCAAAAAGCUACCAUGCCAGCCUCCGACACACCCCAGGUUGGCACUCCUUUGGGACCGCCUCCUGUACCUCGCUCGGCGACUCCUCAACCAUCCCAGAAAGUAUCUGAUACCAUUCUCACAUACCGUUCAUCAAAGCGCUUCAAACUUUCCAAGCGUGACAAUGCACACAUUACUUCCCUCGACUUUGACGACAAAGGAGAAUAUGUAGUAGCGGCGUGCGAAGACGAGACAAUUCAAGUUUUCGACGUCAUUGAGGGCAAGAAUACGAAAGUGGUUCCCAGCAAGAAAUAUGGAGUCCAUCUAGCCCGUUUCACCCAUCAUUCGCGCCAGAUACUCCACGCAAGCACCAAAGUAGACGAUUCUCUUCGUCUUCUAGAUUUGCACCAAGAGAGCUAUCUUCGGUAUUUUACUGGGCACACGGACAAGGUGACAUCGCUGUCGUUAUCCCCCGGUGGCGAUGCUUUUGUGUCCAGCUCAAAGGAUAAUACAAUUUCACUUUGGGAUCUCAAAUCCCGAAAUGUGCAGGGAAAGCUGCAAUUGGCAACACCGUAUCUCGUUGCUUUUGACCCGUCGGCAAGCGUCAUCGCUGUUGCUUCUCAGUCAACAUCUUCGGUGUUGCUGUACGACUUUCGUAAUUACGACCGAGCUCCCUUUGCAACAUUCGAUAUGGCCCCCCACGAAGAACGAUACACACCGUCGACACGAGGAAGGCUGUGGUCACGCUUGGAGUUUUCCAACGAUGGCAAAAGUCUCCUCGUUGGCACUGAUUACCAUGGACAUUUCGUUCUAGACGCAUUUGAGGGAAAUGUGAACGCCUUUUUAGUGGGUAGAAAGGGAUCUAGCGGAAGAGCAGCUCCUGUUUCCAGUUCUGGAAGGCCACUCGGCCAAGGCGACGCUUGCUUUACGCAGGAUGGACGAUAUGUACUUGGAGGGGCUGGUGAACAGAACGAGGUCCUUGUUUGGGACACUCACCAAACUCCAGAUUCAGGAUCUUACCUGCAACCCAUGGGCAAAAUACCCUCGAAAGGUCGCAACGCUAUUAUCGAGCUAAAUCCCAGAUACAACAUGCUUGCAACUGCGGAUAAAGAUAUUUUUUUCUGGCUUCCUGAUGAGGGAAUCAAACCUUCUGACAAAUAA